CAAUCAGAGCGCUUGACUUCUAAUACUACUUCUUCUUCUCCUCUUCCUCCUGAGAAUCCAAUCCAAUCCAAUCGCCAUCUUCUUCAGGCAAGCCAUGAACAGCACGGGACUGAUCUUGACGGCGGCAGCCCUUGCAGUUUUAGCCAUAUUUCUAGCUUUCACCACCACCCACUUGUUCACUCCGCCUCCUGUUCCGGGCUCCCAUGACGACCUCCACACGGCGGAGAUAGUGCAUCUCACAGGCGCCUUCGGCCCUGAAAGCGUGGCCUUCGAUGCCGACGGCGAAGGCCCCUACACCGGCGUCGCCGACGGCCGGAUCCUCAAGUGGCUGGGAGUUGACCGCGGUUGGGUUGAUUUUGCUUUCACCACUUCCCAAAGGGAGGAAUGUGUGCGUCCAUUUGCACCAGAAAUGGAGCAUGUAUGUGGAAGGCCGUUGGGAUUACGAUUCGACAAAAAAACUGGAGAUCUUUAUAUUGCAGAUGCAUACUUUGGCCUUCAAGUCGUAGGCCCAAAGGGAGGUUUGGCCACUCCGGUAGUUUCAGAAGUCGAAGGCCAGCCCUUACACUUCACAAAUGAUAUGGACAUUGAUGAGAGCAAAGAUGUGAUUUACUUCACUGACACAAGCACAAGCUUUCAUAGAAGGCAAUUUAUGGCAUCAAUUCUAAGCGGUGACAAAACUGGCAGGUUGAUGAAAUACGACAAAACAAGCAAAGAAGUCACAGUUCUACUGAGAGGCCUUGCUUUUGCCAACGGCGUAGCCCUGAGCAAGGACGGGUCCUUUGUACUAGUAGCCGAGACCUUGACUUGUAGGAUCUUGAGGCUGUGGCUCAAUGGCCCUAAUGCCGGAAAAUCAGAUGUGUUCGCUGAGCUACCCGGGUUCCCAGACAACGUCAGAAGCAACUCGAAGGGCGAGUUCUGGGUGGCACUCCACGCGAAAAAGGGUACUGUGGCGGACUGGUUUGUCUUAAAUCCAUGGAUUGGGAAAGCACUGCUGAAGCUCACUCUCAACUUCAAGCAACUACACUACUUGUUAGUGGGAGGAAAGCCACAUGCAACUGCAAUCAAAUUAAGCGAAGAGGGAGUAAUUUUGGAGGUUUUAGAAGACAGUGAAGGCAGGAAUUUGAGGUUCAUUAGUGAAGUGGAGGAAAAAGAUGGCCGCUUGUGGAUUGGGUCGGUGAUUAUGCCUUUCCUUGGUGUUUAUAAUUUGCAAUGAAUUCCCUCGUUAUGGCCUGCCUUCUUCAUCUUUUUUGUUCUACUCCUUAGAGUUGGGUUUAAUUAGUUUAGUUAGUAUGUCAAUUGUGGUAGUUCUAACUAGCUGCACACACGGCAGUUAGCUGUUGUAACUUGCCCUACUGAUAUGCUUUAUCUGCUAAAGAUAAAAACUACUGAUAAAGUUUUCUUUCAAAUGCCCUCCUCCUUUUGUGCCGAUGUAGAUUGUUUUCUGUAUGUAUUUUUCUAUUCGAGAGAGCAAUAAACUAAACAAGUUUUUCUUUUAAUGAAGUAAGCCA